UCCCCUUCUGCAGACUCGAGAGAUCCCUCUUCCUGCGGUCAGCUCUAUGUGACAGGCAGCACUGGCGCAUUGUCUUUCCUAUUUAUCUCCUUUAUUUCCCCCUUUUCUCCCGACCUCUCCGCGCAGCCCGCAGCCUAGAGGACCUGCCCGGCCUUCUGUGUGCUUCUGCUCGGACUCAGGCUCGCCGCGGUCUUCUGGAACAUGGGCAACCGGGACGAUGAGUACGAUUUCUUGUUCAAAGUUGUUCUUAUCGGAGACUCCGGUGUUGGGAAGAGUAACCUCCUGUCUCGCUUCACACGGAACGAGUUCAACCUGGAGAGCAAAAGCACAAUCGGGGUGGAGUUCGCGACCCGCAGCAUCCAGGUGGACGGCAAGACGAUAAAGGCGCAGAUUUGGGACACGGCCGGCCAGGAACGCUACAGGGCCAUCACCUCGGCCUACUACCGAGGCGCUGUGGGAGCCUUGUUAGUGUACGACAUCGCCAAGCACCUGACGUACGAGAACGUGGAGCGCUGGCUGAAGGAGCUGAGGGACCACGCUGACAACAACAUCGUCAUCAUGCUGGUGGGCAACAAGAGCGACCUGCGCCACCUGAGGGCAGUGCCCACCGACGAGGCUCGAGCCUUUGCAGAAAAGAACAAUCUGUCAUUUAUUGAGACUUCAGCUCUGGAUUCAACCAACGUGGAGGAGGCAUUUAAGAACAUUCUAACAGAGAUCUAUCGCAUCGUAUCACAGAAGCAGAUCGCCGAUCGGUCAGCCCACGACGAGUCGCCGGGCAACAACGUGGUGGACAUCAGCGUUCCGCCCACCACGGACGGGCAAAAAGGCAACAAACUGCAGUGCUGCCAAAACCUGUAACCAUGACAACCGGCCAUUUAGCCCCCUCCCCUUCACUUCACUCAUCUCCCAAUCUCUCUCUCUCUCUCUCUCUUUCUAUCUCUCUCUAUGUGUCGUGCCGCUGAUGUUCCCUCAAUUUAUUUGUGUAAUAUAUAUUUUUUCCUUUUUGAUAGCUUCUCAAGUCACACACACACACACACACAAAACACACAAACAAACACAAACAAACACAAAUAUACACACAUAUACAAGACAUACACGCACACACACACAUUACUGCCAUGAAAUAAAAUUUUACAAUAUCUAAUA